AUGUCGGCACAAUCACUGUAUGAGUAUGCACUGAAAAUCAACAAUGUAAUGGCGAAGAUUCAAGCUGAGCUCAAAUGCGGUAUAUGUUGCUCAACUUUCUCUAAUCCCGUCUCAGCUACUUGUGGACACGUAUUUUGUAAGGAUUGCUUGGAUGUUGUUUUCCAACGUCGCCGAAUUGUGGAGUGUCCACUAUGCCGUCAGUCAAUCAAUAAAAGGAGUUGUACUCCCUCCGAGCAACAUGACUCGAUGGUGAAAGGAUACCUUCAACUUGGUCGAAAUUUUCUUCGAGACUCACAAGAGCAGACACUUUCGAUCCCCAAAGAUGUCGCGUUCAUGGACAGUCAAGUGCCUGUGGGUCCCGACUUAGGCUACAGCCAAAUACGCGAUUUCCGCCCAGAACCUCAGUUUGCUCUUCCAAAAGCGCGUGCGAGACGACGGCAGCCGCUGAAAAUAGAAACCGCUACGAAGUUCGCCAAAAUGGAAGAUAUCGCUGAAGAAGCUGAAUGCAAGGAAAACACACCAUUACAAUCUAUGAAUGCCGAGUUUGAAGAUCAACAAUCCACUAUCCUUGCUCGAAGAUGUGAGAAGGAUAUUGCUCGAUAUUCGCAAACGAAAUCAGUCGAAGUUCAGUGCAACAUUCCCGAUUCGACAUGUGUUUGUCACAACUUGCGAAGGUCGUUGAAAUCGUAUUGCGAAUUGAAUCUAGACUACACCCCCGAGAGCUCUUCAGAUCUUGACGCACUCUUCGUGCUUCUGCCGGAACUUAAGGAUUUGUUGAUAGAGAACAUCCCUACACUUUGUCAAGUGUUGAAGUUACCGCAUAGCACUACCACGCCAACACCUCAAGCUCAAGCUGUCGAACCAGUGAAAGCACCUGUAGGGUGCUCAUCAAGAAUUGUCGCUCUGGAUGAUUUCGCUAGUGAUGAUGAUGAUGGCGAAGAAAUGAACGCCACUCAACCGCCUGCUCUGUUGAAAUCUGAAAUUGUGACGGGCCCUGCCACAGCUGUUGAUCUGAAUGGGAACAAAGACAACUCAAAUACUGAAAACGAACGUCCAAGCUCUUCUUGUACACGGUCUUCGAGUGAUGUUGUGCUACAGUCUUCUCCUUCUAAUGAAGCCAGCGAUGAAGUUGGGGACAUCACGAUACAGUUUCCUUUCGAUUCAAUUCCCUGUGAAACUAAUGGUUGCCCCUCUGCUGAUAAUAAUAUGGAUACGCUCGAUCAAAAAGCGCUGGUUGUGAGUGUUUCGCGGUUGAAUUGCCUCGAAGAUGAGAAAGUAGUAAGUGACUUUAUCAAAAUGUUCCCACAAGUUCGAUACGAAGAGGAUGUUACAUGUUUCUCUACUCAUCUCGUUAUGAUGAAUUCUCGAAAGAGAAUGAUUUUCGAUUUGAUAUCUCGAUAUAGCCAGUUUGUGGCCACAUCUUUUGCUCUGCCUUUAUGA